UCUUUAAUCUCCGAUCCCAAACAACAACGAUGGGCAAGGAAAGCGAUAUGCCCGCGGCGGCGAAGAGGUUGGAAUGGCGGGUGAAUAUGCCGGACGGCACGUCUCGGGUUUUAGUUUCGUCGUCGUCGAGGCGAAGAUGGAAGGUUUGCGAUAUAGUGUGGGGGUUUGUGGUGCGGAUAUGGAGUUUCAUUGAUAAGGCAUGGCAAUUAGGGAAGAAAGAGCCAAGGAAGGUGAUCCAUGGGUUCAAAGUUGGGUUGGCUUUAUCACUUGUCUCACUCUUCUAUUACUUGAGACCACUGUACGAUGAUGUUGGAGGGAAUGCCAUGUGGGCGGUUAUGACUGUUGUGGUUGUUUUUGAGUACACUGUUGGUGCUACGCUGUCAAAAUGUGUGAAUAGAACACUUGCAACUUUUCUGGCUGGAUCAUUGGGCGUUGGUGUUCAUUGGAUUGCUAACCAAUCAGGACAAAAAUUCCAACCUAUAAUUCUCCAAGCUUCAGUUUUUCUCUUAGCUGCAGCAGCAACGUUCUCGCGAUUCAUACCAUCAAUCAAAGCGCGGUUCGACUAUGGCUGCACCAUCUUCAUCCUCACCUUCAGCUUAGUGUCGGUGUCAGGCUACCGAGUGGAUAAACUGUUGGAUCUUGCCCAGCAAAGGCUAUCCACAAUUGCCUUGGGGACUUCAAUCUGCAUCUUCAUUGCCAUGCUUCUCUGCCCUGUCUGGGCUGGCGAUGAUCUCCAUCGUCUCAUCACCAACAACCUCGAAAAGCUCGCCGAUUCCUUAGAAGGAUGCAUUUCCGAGUACCUGAAACCUGACGGCGACGACGACAAGGACGACAAUGCUUCAGAAAAAAAGUUGCUGGCCUACAAAUGUGUUCUUAAUACCAAAGCCUCGGAAGACUCUAUGGCUAAUUUUGCGGUGUGGGAGCCCGGGCAUGGACGCUUUAAUUUUAGGCAUCCAUGGAAACAGUAUCUCAAGAUCGGGACGUCUAUGCGUGCCUGUGCUUACUGCAUUGAGACUUUACAUGGUAGCAUUAACUCUUCAACUCAGGUACAGUCAGCAGAGUACAUUUUAGAGCCAGUGAGUGAGGAGUGCAGAAGAGUUUGCUCAACUUCUGCCAAGGUGUUGAGGGAUUUGGCAAAAUUGAUGCAAAGCACCACAAAGUCUUCAAUCCAAGACAUUCUUGUUCAUGAUAUGAAUUCUGCAGUGGAAGCCCUUCAACUUGCCUUCAAAACCCUUCCUUCACAAUCAUUGACAACAACCCAAGUUGAAGCUCAAAAGCCUUCACCAGAUCACAUGAAACAGGAAACCAAAUCAUCAGAUGAUCUUGUACAUCUCAUGGAAAUUGCUCAGCUCUCUACAGUGGCAUCAUUGCUGGUAGAAAUUGCAGCAAGAAUUGAAGGGGUUGUGAAGGAGGUCAAUCACUUGGCUAACCUUGCAGGAUUCAGAGCUCAAAGUAACAAGAAGAUGGCUAAGCAAAGUCAAACCCAACAUAAGGAACAAAAUGUUCAGAUCAAACCCACUAAUAAGGAUUGCACCCAACUUUAAAUGCCUCACAAUUCUUGUCUUCAAAGAAUUAAUAUAGGAGGUAAAUUACUGGAUAUGUAAAUUGUGACUUUGGGUCUUAAUUAAUGUGGUUACCUAGCUAGGAUAUGACAUUAAGUCAAUGUCCCUAUAUUGUUAGAACGACGGCCAUGAACUCCUCUAAUUAAUAAGUUACUA